AUUUGGUUGUGAGCUCCACAUUAAAGCGAACUUUGAAGGUUAUGUUUUAUUUCGUAAUGAUGACGAUUGAUAAUAAUUGAUAAGAAACGUUUUUAAAGAAGUUGUUGUUGAAAUUGUGAUUUAUAAAAUAAUUCGCCUUUAGAAGUUUGGAAAUUAAUUAAAAAUGGGUUCCAAUAAACGCCAUAAAUCUGACAAGUGUCGUGAACAGAAGAAAAAAAGACACAGAAGUCGUUCUCGUUCAAUUUCUGUUGAACGAAUUGAACGCGUUGAACGUGAUAAAGAAAGACACAGGCAUCACAAAAAGCACAAGAAAAAAGAACGCAAGGAUUAUGACAGUGACAUCGAAAUUGUCAGUGCACCUCCACCACCGAAAAUAUCAAAGGCGCAUUUGUCAACACCACCGCCGCCCGAUAUAUCAAAGGAAAAGAGUCUUUCUCCAAAAAGUGGUGGUUCACAACUUUCUCUGUCUAUUGAGGAAACAAAUAAAUUGAGAGCUAAACUUGGUUUGGCUCCUUUGGAUGUUCAAGAGCAAUCAAAGUCCGAUCUUAAUGUAUUCAAAGAUGAUUUGGGAGAAUUCCAUCACAAACCCGCUCCCAAUAAGAAAGAUGAAGCCAGAGCUAAGAAAAUUAAAGAGAAACUGAAUACUUGGCGUGAAAAAAGGAAAAUUGAAACUAAAUUAUCAAAAGUUAAAGGACUUGGAGAAAGUGAUUCAGAAGAUGAUGCUAGAACUUGGAUUGAGAAAAACAGAAAAUUACAAAUGGAAAAGAAAAAAGCUGACGAGAGGGCAAAAAUGUUGGAUCAAUUAGAUGAGGAGUUUGGCAUUGGGAAUUUAGUGAAAGAGGAGGUUCAAAACGAAAGACACAAGGCUUACACUACAAAGGACUUGAGAGGUUUGAGAGUCGAACAUGACGUUGAAACUUUUCAAGAGGGCAAAACAACUAUUUUAACUUUAAAAGAUCAAGGUGUUCUUGACGAAAACGACGAUGUACUUGUGAAUGUAAACAUGUUGGAUGAAGAACGUUACAAACGAAGUAAUUUGAAUAAAAAGAAAAAGCCCGGAUACGAUGCUUAUGAGGAAAAUGAACUGGAUGAGUUUGGCAUGCCCAUCAAGGCAGUUUUAGAAAAGUAUGAUGAAGAAAUUGAUGGACAGAAAAAAGAAAGUUUUGCCCUAGGUUCUAAUAAUUUUAAAGAAAUGAAAGAACGACAAGUUGAAUUGGUUAAGCAGCGAUUAGCAAACAAGAGGUUAGAGUCACUAAAACUUAUUGAACCAAAACUUGCCAGUGAAUAUUAUAAUGAAGAGGAAAUGGCCAAGUUUAAGAAACCGAAGAAGAAGAUUCGUAAAAUUAGAUCUAAAAAGAUGCUGAAAGCCACUGAUCUUGUACCCGAUUCAAAUGAUUAUUUGAAAGAUCUGGGAAGUCGUCGAAAUCGGAAAAUUGAAAGCAAGCCAAAAGAAGAAAAUUUGAUGGAUGUUGACGAUUAUGAAGCGCCACCAGAAAACGUAUCCGGAAUAAAAAUCGAAGAAGAGGACAAGGAGUUUGAUAUGAAGCUUGCUAGGAAAAAAGCGAAACGUUCAAAAACGUUACAAACAGAUAGCAUUGAAGAGGUUGUUUCACACAUAAAACCAGAUCCUGAAAAAGAAAGUAGUCAAAUUGGGAAUAUCGUUUUGAAUUCAACAGCUGAAUUUUGCAGAACACUUGGCGAUAUUCCAACUUAUGGUCUUUCUGGAAACAGAGAGGAAAAUGUUCAGGAUUUAAUGGAGUUUCAAAAAGAAGAAAUCGAAGAUGACAAUAUGGGCGAAAAUGAUGAUUCAGGACGUGGAGCUUGGAACAGUGUUGAAACUGAAGAAUCAGUUAUUGAAACUGCAGCAUUGGAGGCUCCAAUUUUGGACGUAGAACCUUCUCUAGGCCAAGGCGUUGGGGGAGCUUUGACUUUAGCGAUCAGUAAAGGUUACUUGCAAAAAGAAGAUUCAAACCGUCCAUCAGCUUCUCGAUUUGCACAUCUGCAAGCUCAAAACUAUUCUAUUGAGGAUAAAACUUAUGGAGAUGAUGAUAAAUUUGGAAGGAGAGAUCGAUUCAAUGGUCCGACAUCUGAUUUUAAGGAUAAGGAUUGCUUUAAACCAAAUGUCAAAUUGGAAUAUAUCGAUGAUGACGGUCAUGUUUUAAGUGCUAAAGAAGCCUUUAGAUAUCUUUCACACAAAUUCCACGGAAAGGGUCCCGGAAAGAAUAAGGUGGAGAAGAGAAUGAAAAAAUCAGAACAAGAAGUGCUUAUGAAGCGAAUGUCUUCAACGGAUACGCCGUUGGGAACUUUGAAUUUACUUCAAGCUAAACAGAAAGAAACGCAGUCGCCGUAUAUUCAUUUAAGUGGAAGCAAACAGUCACAGACAGCCAGUAUAUCCAAGUCCAAACACUGAUGGAACUUCAUUUACUUCUAAUUGUAAAAUUUCCAAAAUUGUACUUUCAUUUUUCUAUUGAAAAUGAAACUAGAAUGUAAAAGUAAUUACAUUUUUUGUUAAAUUUCUGAAAUUGAGAUAAAUUACAUCUAAGAAAACACUUUCAAUUAUUUAAGUUGAAAAGUAUUAACUUUGUCAGAAAAUAAAAUUUUAUUUGUCAAUAAUAAA